AUGGCGGCACCGGCCCAGCUCAGAGCCGUCCAGCACCACCUGCGAACCGCACAGGAGCACGAAAAGCGGGACCCUGUGGUGGCUUACUACUGCCGCCUGUACGCCAUGCAGACAGGGAUGAAGCUGGACAGCAAAACUCCUGAGUGCCGCAAGUUCCUGGUCAAGCUGAUGGAUCAGCUCGAGUCGAUGAAGACGGAGAUGAGCGACAACGAGUCCAUCAGCCAGGAGGUGGUGGGCAACGCGCACAUUGAGAACUACGCGUUGAAGAUGUUCCUGUACGCUGACAACGAGGACCGAGCGGGCCGCUUCCACAAGAACAUGAUCAAAUCCUUCUACACGGCUAGUCUCCUGCUGGACGUCCUCUCGGUCUUCGGAGAGCUGUCGGACGAGAACGUCCAGCACAGGAAGUACGCCCGCUGGAAGGCUACAUACAUCCACAACUGUCUGAAGAGCGGCGAAACGCCUCAGUCCGGGCCCGUCGGCAUGGAGGACCUGGACCAGGAAGCAGAUGGCGCCGAAGGUUUCUCGGGCUUCGGCUCCUUCCGUGGAGCGGGCGGGAAUUCCUUUCGGGACCCCGACGCGGGCCAAGCCCAACCGCCAGCCGCGGGCUUCGCCGAGGACGCUCCGCCAGGGCCCCGCUCCGGCUUCAGCGACGUCCACGUCCCCCCGGGAGCACACGCCCCCGCUAACACGCCGGCAGUGCCGAUGCCUAGGAAUGCGCACGCCACGGAAGCCGCCGCCGCUGCUGCCGUCAACCCGGCCCUCGACCCGGCCCUCCUCCGCGACCAGCGGCAAGGUGACGUCCAGCUUUCGGCCGAGGAUUUCACCAGGGCGCAAAAAUACUGCAAGUACGCCGGGAGCGCCCUCCAGUACGAGGACGUCGCCACGGCUGUGCUCAACCUCCAAAAGGCCCUCGCGCUGCUCACUACUGGGAAAGAAUGA